AUGAAAAUCUUAUCGUGGAAUGUUGGGGGUAUGAAUGCCCCUAACAAGCAACGUAUCAUAAAACGCUGCUUAUCUGAAUCAAAACCAAACAUAAUUCUAAUCCAAGAAACUAAAAUGAACUCAUCCGAGAUAGACCUCUUUGAGAAGAAAUUGGGUUUUAGAAAACUGAAGCAUUCCCCAGCCCUUGGGGCUUUAGGAGGAUCGACAAUCAUCUGGGAUCCAAGAUUUUCCUCGUUUUCACCAUCAGAGAUAAAACAUAAUUGGAUAGGCGGAAAGAAUGAGAUAUGUAUUAUUGGAGGAGAUUUCAACACCAUCACUAAGGCAUUAGACAAAAGAGAAGGUAGUAACAAGCUACCUUCUGCGGCUUUGGACUUUAAUGAUUGGAUCAAUAGGAAUUCCCUGUUGGAAAUUCAGACAGCAGAGAACACCUUAACAUGGAACAACAGGAGGAAAGGCUUUAGCGAUAUUGCAGACAAGCUUGAUAGUUUUUUCAUCCAUGGGGGGCUUAAGGAGUUCAAUUAUACAAUGGAAGCGGAGAUCCUUCCUUUAUCCGGUUUUGACCAUUACCCACUCCAACUUAACAUUCUGAUAGAACAAGGUCCUCAAAAUUGCCCUUUCAAAUUCAAAAGCAUGUGGUUCAAGGAUGAUAACAUCAUCAACCUGAUUGAACAAUGGUGGAGUGAAUCAGUAUUCUCAGGCUCAAAGAUGUUUACUGUUACUAACAAAUUUAAGUUAAUCAAAAGGACGCUCCUGGAGUGGAAUAGGGAGCACUUUGGUAACAUCUUUGACAAGAAACUUUUAGUAGAAAUGGACCUCAAGGAUGUUAAUAAGGAAGUUUUGGAUCGGGGGAUGGACGAACCUCUCUUCCUUAAAGAAAAACUAUAA